AUGGCACUCUCAAAACACAUUGAUCCUGAUGAGCUCAUUCAGGCAUGCAAAGAUCAUCCACACUUUGGCCUGCUCGACGAUGGACUCAACCCAACGACACACAAGACUGUCUACGGUCUCUCCGACAUUCCCAAGUUUACCCUCCCAAGCGAUGGUAUCCCGAGAUCCGCAGCAUAUCAACUCAUCCAUGACGAAAUGGAGCUCGACGGCGCACCCAUUCUCAAUCUCGCCUCCUUUGUGAACACUGGCAUGGACCACCACGCAGAUCGUCUCAUGCAAGAGAACAUGAACAAGAAUCUGGUCGAUUUCGAUGAGUAUCCGGCUACCCAAGCCAUCCAUACGCGUUGUAUUAGCAUCCUGGCCGACUUGUGGAAAGUGCCCAAGGGAUGCAAGGCGAUUGGAACCGCUACGACGGGUAGCAGUGAGGCCAUCAUGCUUGGCGGGCUCGCGAUGAAGAAGCGAUGGCAGGAGAAGAUGAAAGCCGUGGGGAAGGAUAUUCACAACCCCGGGCCGAACAUUGUGUUUGGUGCAAACGCUCAGGUCGCCCUCGAAAAGUUUGCAAGAUACUUUGAUGUCGAGUGCAGGCUCGUACCUGUAACAGAGGAGAGCCACUUUGUUAUGGAUCCGAAAGAGGCAAUAAAGUUUGUCGACGAAAACACCAUUGGCGUUAUGGUCAUCAUGGGGUCGACCUACACUGGCGAAUUCGAAGACGUCAAGAGCAUGAGCGAUCUCCUCGAUGAAUAUGAAGCAAGGACCGGUAUCGAUAUACCUAUUCACGUCGAUGGAGCUUCUGGAGCCUUCACUGCACCCUUUGCGUACCCUGAUUACCAGUGGGCAUUCGACGUCAAACGCGUCAACUCUAUCAACGCCAGUGGUCACAAAUUUGGCCUUACGUAUGCAGGCCUUGGGUGGCUGGUCAUCAAAGACGAGUCGUUACUUCCAAAGGAACUAGGAUCUAAUCUUCGAGCUUCAUUACCUGGGAACGGCGCAAUCCUCUUUCACGCUCAACUUUUCCCGUUCGGCUGCCCUGUCCUUGCGCAAAUGUACCGUUUCUUGGAACUUGGGCGCAAAGGUUAUACCGAGAUUGUCUGCGCGGACCUGGCCAAUGCACGUCUCCUCAGCCGCGCACUCGAAAGGAGCUACUUUACGCUUUUAUCAAAUAUCCAUCGACCUGCCAAAGUCAGUGUGGCGACCCGCGUUACGGCCACUCUCGGUGCCGAUCAAGAAGAUCCAAACCUCUACUGUCGCGGGCUGCCCGUCGUUGCGUUCCGCCUCUCAGACGAAUUCAUGAAGGAGUAUCCGCAUGUUCAGCAGAGAUGGAUCCAACAACUUCUGAGGAUCAAAGGCUGGAUUGUACCAAACUAUAAUGCACCCAAGGCCGUCGAGCAGAUCGAAAUGCUUCGCGUGGUCGUGCGGUCUACCUUGUCCGCUGACCUGGUCGCCCGUCUCCUCACGGAUAUCCUAGAAGUUACGGAGAGUCUCAAGGAGCGAGGGUCGGAUAGUACUCUUAUGAUGGCACUGCAAGCACACGGCGAGACGCACAAGGACCAGACAUCUGUUAACCAUCCGGCGCAGCGCCGCCCUUCCGGUCGUCAUCCCCACUCCAAUGGCUCCAACGGAUCCAACGGCUCGCAUGGUAAGCGUGGGCACCGUACCAAGCAUAAUGGGAGUCGCCCUGAAGCUAUGGGAGUCCAUCACAAGGACGAUGCCGGGGAAGGGCAGGUUCUGUUGGCUCUCUUUGGUUCCAACUUGUUCAUCGUUCCCACACAAGAUGGUGGAGAUGUCCGCUGCGUGUCCCAGCUUUGGAUCCUUCGAGAGUAUAUGUCCCGUCUAAGCUCGGAUUCUGGACGAGAAGUCUUGCCAUACGAACACUUUCAUCUCAUAACUGCCGUGGGGCCAGCAAGCGCCAUAGCUGUCUUUAUAGGCGUUUUGAAGAUCUCCAUAGAUGACUCCAUCGACCUCUUCACACAAAUUUGUCGUGACGUUUAUCCCACGGGAGAGAUUGGACCCCAACCUCGCUCCAACAUUCUUCGAAGUGCCAUUGAGAGUGCACUAGCUAGCAAAGGAAUUGCUCCUAGCACCCUAUUAACCCAAGUUACGGACACAAACGUUGUGCUUGGCUAUGUUUCUGCCACUAAUAUCGGAACAUGGAGGGCCUUUCGUAAUUACACAAGUCGCCAUCACGCAUACGAACCGACUAUUAUCGAAGCCAUUUGCGCCUGUUGGGCUAUGCCGCCUCGUUUCCAAGCUUUCACUGUUGGUAAAGAGAUAGAAAAGUUGGAGGUUAUCAGUGCGUCCGCUGCCUUUCCAAACCCGGCGCCGCAAGCGAUUCAAGAGGCCAGUGAACUCUAUGGUCCCGAGAGACGUGUCUGUCUACUGCUUAGUCUUGGAUACGGUGGAUCUAUGCGUCAAAAUGUGGGUGGAGACGACAAGCUGGUCCAAGCAGAGGUCACCGCCCAUGAACUUGAACGACGCUAUGGACCGACAGGCGUAUAUUACAGGCUCAGUGUUAUUCCGUCUCCUGCCCUUCCAGAAUAUGUAUCUCAGGAGACUCUUGGCAUUAUUUCGGCUCACACAUCCGAUUACCUGCUCAAUCCAGCCACUGAUCGCGCACUUGACCAAGUGGUCACGACUUCAUCCCGCAAGAGCCGGUUCACUCUCAAGGGUCUCGCCCAAGUCACUGCACCACCAAAGGUGUCAUUCAGUGGACUUCCACCGUUGUCGCCUUAUUAUGUUCAACGUGAUACCCCCAUGAACCGCAUGGUAGCUUCCUUUCUCGGUGCGGAAGCGGAGGGUUGUCAAAGAGUUCAGAUCCUGACGGGCAUGGGGGGAUCGGGGAAAACGCAACUUGUGAUCUCUUUUAUUCGCGAACACGGUGAACGUUUUCGCAACGUAUUGUUCGUCGACGCAUCAUCCGCAAAGACUAUCGAGACUGGCCUUGUCGCCCGACUCAAGGCCAUUGACAAGUCCUUCCAAGGAGCCGACCUCGACAGCGCAUUAACGGCACUCGCCCAACCUAAUGAUAUUCUCACUACCCAUUGGUGUAUCAUUUUCGACAACGCUGACGACCCAAAGCUUGAUAUAAGCAACUUCUUUCCGGUCUGCGACCACGGAGCAAUAAUUAUUACCAGUCGUAACGCUCAGCUCGAAUCCAUAUCCCCUAACGAUCAUAUACCGUUGGAGGUCAUGACCAGGGAGGAGGCUUGCAACGCACUAUUAUUCUCCGCGAUCGGUCCCAAGGAAAAUUGGCGACCUCACCAUCGACAACUGGCGCUCAAUAUCGUCAAGGAAUUUGAUUACCUCCCGAUCGCCGUCAUUCAGGCAGGAUGUUAUAUUCGGAAACACAAAUGCUUGGACACCUACCUGAGCCGACUGGAAGCGAGCCGCUCAGAGAUGUUGAAGCACGCAUCUAUGCAGCGCGACAAACUUCGGUACAGCCACAGCGUAUACGCUGCGUUCGAUAUAUCCCUCGCGUCCUUGUCGGAGCGCGCUCUUGGCCUCUUAUCCAUUCUGUCCUACUACGAUUAUACCGGAUUUCCGCGCUCCGUACUCGCGCUUGCCGCCGCAAAAGACUUCACGCAUGAAGAAUACAGGCUAAUGGAUAGAGAAAAAGAUUUUGAAGAGGCCAUUGCACUCCUCCGCCAGAUUUUCACCCCGCAUGACAAGCUAGAAGACGUCGAGUUGGAUCGUCUCGUUGACGAGCUUCAGCAAUCCUCAUUAAUUUCCCUCGUAACAUUCUAUUCGGAGAUCAAGCUUCGCUUCCACCCACUGAUACACGCUUGGGCAUAUGAUAGGCAGAGCGAUGAGGAGAAGAAGAAGUACCACGACGCCGCAUUGAGACUGAUCACCUGUGUGGUGGAUGGCAACGACGGGAUAGAUGUCGAGUCAGAGCUCGGCCCUCAUGCACGUCGCUUUAUUCAGGAGAUGACCAAGCUUCAUGUCAACGACCAAAGUGCCCUCGUUGACAUCUGGGAGACCGAGCCGAGGGAUCCGCUCAAACUCAAAAUCUUCGAAGAUAUCUACCAAACAGUACGAGCGUCUCACGGUGACUCAGAUUUACGCACCAGCGAAGCCCACCUUGCGUACUGCUCGUGGUAUGCCGACGAGACAUUUGACUUUGCGAAAGCUGAGGAUAUCGCUCGGCAAGAAUAUGAGCUGCGGAAGGUUAUAUGUGGUCCGCAGACUGCGCCAACUGCCAGAGCAAUGGUUGUGUUGGCCAGACGCAUAGCGUUUACCAAGACACGGAGGAAUGAAGUUCUGGAUCUGCUUCAUAAAGCGCUCGAGAUUCAAAAGGAAAUACUCGGCCCUAACCAUAUCGACACUCAAACUACGAUGUGUGUGCUUGCUAUACUGUUACACAGGAAUCCAGCCGAGUAUGAAGAAGCGACUCUGCUCUUGGAGCAACUCCUUGCAACACGUACUUCCCUUUUAGGUGCCGACCACCCAAAAACCCUGGCUAUUGAGGAUCUACUGAUCGAUUGCUACGCUGAAAUCGGAGACGAAGCGCAAGAAAAGCUCCAUGAGCUGCUAAGCGUUCGCCAUAGUCGUUAUAUCAGCUCUUCCACUGACAGCAUAGCGGUCCUUACCUUCCAAGGUCACAUGUACCAACUGCAGGGACAAUAUGAGGAAGCUGAAGUGGCGUACCGUGAAGUUAUUGAAAAUAUUCGAGCUAUAUUUGGGGAUCUAUCGUCCCGUAACCUGGGCGUUGUCAAGGCACUCGCGGAGCUUCUGGAGGAGACGAGAAAGUUUACCGAGUUGGAAGAAUUACUGCGUCAAUAUGUUAUACUGGACUACGAUUUUCAUGGCGCAGCCAGGGAUCAUAUGAUUUCUCUGGCGACAAAACUCGGGGAGCACCUGCUUAAAUCAGAACGCGCUGCAGAAGCACUCCCCAUCCUUAGAUCUGGAUAUAGUAUGGCUUUGAACUCCUACGGGAAGUCAGGGUUCGGUAUCUCCUCACACCGUCUACGUCUCGCGGAAUGUCUGGUCCUGCUACAGCAAUAUACCGAAGCAGAGACUCUCAUUCGAGAACAGUUACACGAUUGGCAUCUUAUGGAACUGAGCACAAACUUGGCUAAAGUUUAUCCAUAUGUGCUACAGGUUCAAUGCCUCUUCAUGCAAAACAAGUAUGCCGAAGGGGAGGCGUUACUGAGGGAGGCAUACACCAAGAAUAAGAAUAGCCUUGCAGCAAGCAAGUUUUAUUCUUGCUCUACGCUCUGGUAUCUAAUUUAUACUCUCUACAAAAAGGGCCAUAGGCAACGCUAUAUGCCGUUCAUUCAAGAUAUGCUCCAAAUGUAUGAGAGCAAUGAGGACGACAUUGACAUCGUGGUUUUGACACUGCUCUUUACGUCCGCCUUCCUCCUCGAGCAGCAAAAACAGUUCGCUGCAGCUGAGGAUAUACUGAGGACUCGGGAUACGAAGUGUAAGGAGAUCUUCGGCGUAGAGAGUCCUCAAUACGUAUUUGAACGAGGCGUACUGGCGACGUUUCUCUUCCACCAACGGCGAUUUGCCGAGUCGAGGUCGAUCCGGGAGGACCAAUUGAGAAGAUUCAUUGAACUGGAUGACGAGUCGUGCGCGGAGGAUGUCAAAGCGAAGCUGCGAGAGAUCGAGGAGGCACUCAAAGACGAGAAUCUAGACUCUGAGUGGUUAAUUAUUAGUAACUUUUGA